GUGCGGUGAUCGUGAACAAAACGAUUUUGGGCGGGUCUCAGCAGGUGCGUUAGCUGCGUUUCCGCUGGUCUGAACAAGUUUUCUUUACAGCAAAUUAUACAAAUUCAAAUUAUUAUCAUUAUUUUUAUUAUUGUGUUUUAUUAUUUUUUACCUGCCGUUAUCGGCGGGACGCUGAAACAGUGACUAUUCGUCGAUAGGCAUUUUUUUUUUUAAACGAGUCUAUUCAUUAGGCUUUUUUUGGUAUUUUGGUAUGCUCAUCGAGGAUACGAAAAUGAACUACGGCAGCAAAACAACGUUCAUCGGCUUUGACACGGACAAACGCAAAUUGCCACUGUCCAAGAGGUUCGUGUUGUAUGCCUACGACAAAGACACCGGAGAAAUAUUUGGUCGCACACCGUCCAGUUGGGCCAAAAUUGGAUUAUAUUAUACAGCGUUUUAUUUAUCGCUUGUCGCUAUGUUUGGAGUAGUUUUGUGGUUUUUCUUCCAAACUCUUGAUCCACGUACUCCGACUAGACAACUUGAACAUUCACUAAUUGGAACAAAUCCAGGUUUGGGAUUUAGACCUAUGUCUAACGAAACUCAUAGCACUUUAAUUCAUAUAAAUAGUAAAUCUGUUCAAGAUUAUUCAAUAUGGACUGAAAGACUCGUUAAAUUUUUAGAUGUGUACAAGAAACCAGGUUUGACUCCAGGAAGAGGUCAAAAUAUUGCAACUUGUGACUACGAUAAACCACCUGGUAAAGGAAAGGUCUGUGAUAUUGAUGUGAAAGCAUUCAAUUCUUGUACAGAAGAAAAUCGAUUCAAUUUUCAUCGUCAAGGACCUUGUAUUUUUCUUAAGCUAAAUAAAAUUUAUGGUUGGAAUCCUAUAUUCUAUGAUGAUCCAAAUGACUUACCACACGAUAUGCCGAAAAGUUUAAAAGACCACAUUAAAGAAAUAACGAACCCAGAAAAGUUAAGAACUGUAUGGGUAUCAUGUGAGGGAGAAACUGUGUCUGACAAAGAACUCAUUGGGCCGAUGGCAUAUUGGCCAAUUCCUGGAUUUCCUGGUUACUUCUUCCCAUUUGAAAACUCUGAAGGAUACCUAAGCCCUUUGGUUGCAAUUCAUUUCAAAAGUCCAGCAAAAAGCAUUGUAAUCAAUAUUUUGUGCAAAGCAUGGGCAAAAAAUAUUGUACAUAAAAAAAAUGGUGUCAACAGAGGAUCUGUGCACUUUGAAUUGAUGAUGGAUUAACAUAGCUUCUAAAUUUUAUCAGUUUUACGUAUGAAGUUUGUUUUACACAAUGUUAUGUAAUUUGUUUACUUUAAUUGUAAAUUAGACAUAUUUAUUAUUCUUACAAACAAUGGUGUAACAAAAAAUAUUUUUGGAUAACAAUCCUAAAAUGAUAACUUUAGUUACUUCAUUAUUGCAUCAAUAAAGUGGUGUGAAUUAUUUGUCUUUUACAUUUUUAGUUUACAUGUUCAACUUUGCACAUAUCAAUAAUAAAAAGGUUAAUUUUAAUUAUAUUAAUUCAUUAGUUUUAUUUUAUUACUUUUAUUAUAUGUUAUUAAGCUAAAGUUCUUUUUUUAAACCAUGUUAUAUUUAUGAUUUGUCCAAUUUAUACCAAUAUUUAAUAUUAUUAAUUAUUGUGAAUCUCAACAUAACUUAAAAAACAAUGCAUUCUGAAGACUGAUUUUUUUACAAGACAUCUUUAUGAUUUAAUAAUUGUCAUCCAAUUUUCAUACUAAUAUGUGAUUUUUUUACCAUUAAAUAUUUGCCAAAUUAUCAAUAUUAUAAUUUGUGUUAAAAUAAUAAUAUAAUAAUGUACAAUUUGUGUUCAUUAAGUCUAGAAAUUGACAUUAUAAUCUGAUUCUAUUAACUUAUACUUUUUUAUAUUGUUUAGAAUUAAAUAAAAAAAUUAUAUUUCAUUCACAGAAAUACAUCAUUUAAAAAUAAACAUUUAUAACCCUGAUAUUAUUAUCGAUCAGCAACUGUUAUAAAUUGUACUGUCUAAAUAUAUAGUGACAUAAUUUAACGAAAAAUAAUUGCAAUGUUUGUUAAUAACAUAUGAUAUAAUAUUUAAUAGUUAAAUAAUCGGAUUUACAUAAAUAUACUAUUUUUAGGUAUUAAUAUUUACUUUUAUUGAAAUGUAUAAUUUUUUUUUUUUGAUAUUGAAUUAUUACCUUAAUAUUAUUUUGAAGAAACAAUAAUUAAGUUAAAACUAUUCAGUAUUAAAUAUUUAAAUAUUAUUCUAAAAAUUUAAGAUACAUGUUAUGUUAAAUAAUUCCAAAUUAUGUUUAAAUGUUCAUGUAUACCACUAUUUAAGUGUAUUAUUAAUUUAUAAGAUAACUAAAAUUUGUUUGUAUUACCCAGUAAUAUAUUUUUUACAUACAUUUAUACUAUAUUAUAAUCAAUAAAUGAUAAUCAAUUUUAA